AUGUCCCAUCAACACACACUGCCAGUGACUCUUCCAGCUGUGAUUCAGGGAUCUCUCAAGACUGUGUGUUCUCCAGAUCAUAUCCAGCAGGAACAAACAAAGCAACCAACUCCACAUCCUACACAAUGCCAGGUCUUCACUGAGAUUCAAGAGAAGGGCUUUCCCAAACAUGAGGAGAAGGGGCCAAACCCCGUGAAGGAUCUGCCUGAGCAAAAGUGUGAGCACCACCUGCAGUCAGGACCACAAAAGCAGCAGCUACAGAUGAAAAAGUCACAGCAGGAGCUGCAGGAACAGGAACUGCAUCUGGAGAACCAUCAGCUAUCACAGGAGCCCCAGGGGCUCCCUUGCCUGGGACAACAACAGCAACAAGAGCCACAAGUGCAAGAACAGCACCUCAGUCAGCACCAGCAGCAGCAGCAGGAGACACGGGAGCAGGGGCUGUGCCCGGGGCAGCAGCGGCAGCAGCAGCAGCAAAACAUGCUAGUAUCACAGGAGCUACAUCUGAGACAGCACCAGGAGAGGUUGCAGGAUCCAGAACUGCAUCUGGGUCAGCAGCAGAAAUCUCCAGAGGAGCAGGAACUGACUCCAGGAGAAAAGCAGCAGGAGCUGCACCUGGGACAGAGGCAGAAGCAGAAGCUGCAUGAACCAGAACUGCAACUGGGAAAGCAGCAGCAGCAGAAGCCACCUGAGCCAGAACUGCAACUGGGAAAGCAGCAGGAGUCACCUGAGCCAGAACUGCAACUGGGAAAGCAGCAGCAGCAGGAGUCACCUGACCCAGAAUUGCAACUGGGAAAGCAGCAGGAGUCACCUGACCCAGAACUGCAACUGGGAAAGCAGCAGCAGCAGGAGUCACCUGAGCCAGAACUGCAACUGGGAAAACAGCAGCAGCAGAAGUCACCUGAGCCAGAACUGCAACUGGGAAAGCACCAGGAGUCACCUGAGUCAGAACUGCAACUGGGAAAGCAGCAGCACCAGGAGUCACCUGAGUCAGAACUGCACCUGGGAAAACAGCAGCACCAGGAGUCACCUGACCCAGAACUGCAACUGGGAAAGCAGCAGGAGUCACCUGAGCCAGAACUGCAACUGGGAAAGCAGCAGCAGCAGAAGCCACCAGAGCCAGAACUGCAACUGGGAAAGCAGCAGCAGCAGCAGGAGUCACCUGACCCAGAACUGCAACUGGGAAAGCAGCAGGAGUCACCUGACCCAGAACUGCAACUGGGAAAGCAGCAGCAGCAGGAGUCACCUGACCCAGAACUGCAAUUGGGAAAACAGCAGCAACAGAAGUCACCUGAGCCAGAACUGCAACUGGGAAAGCAGCAGGAGUCACAUGAGCCAUAUAUGGCAGAGGAUCAGAAAGAGAAGCAGAAGCUUCACGAGCCAGAACUGCACCUGGGAAAGCAGCAGGAGUCACCUGAGCCAGAUAUGACAGAGGAUCAGGAAGAGAAGCAGAAACUUGGUGAGCCAGAACUGCACCUGGGAAAGCAGCAGCAGCAACAGAUAGAGCAUGAUGGUUAUCAAGGACCAAAAAGCCUGGGUCAGUCACUUACACAAGAGAAAGCUUCAAGGGAACACCAGCUGGAUUACUCAUAUCGAGAACAGGAGAAGGAACUCUCGGACCAGCCACUGGAUCAAGAACUAGAAAAGAAGGGUAAACAACUGGAAAGGAAGAAUCACGAAUGGAAGAACCUGACACAGCAGGAGAAGCAGAUAGAGCAAUUAGUACCAAGCACUGACCAAGUCCAAGAGACUAAGCCAGUCCAACCAGUGAAAGGAGACUUGCUCACUACAGAAAAGCAGCAGCAGAACCAUGAAGUACAGUGA